AUGAUCUGCACAGAGACUCAUCUCAACCUGUUGGACUUCCUAGAACACCAAAUCCUCAAGCAUGUCCAGGGCCGGCCUCAGGCAUGUACCACAGAUGAGGCGUACAAAAGAAUUGCCCAGGAGACUCUGGAGGAGCUGGACUGGGUGCUGGAGCAGUUGGAGACCAUGCAGACGCAUCGCUCCGUCUCGGACAUGGCUUCCUCGAAGUGCCUCAACCGGGUGCUCUGCACCGGAAUGAUCCUUCCUGUAAAGAGAGAAGAUGAAGAAGAAAAUGAAGGUGGAGAUGAAGAUGCAAGCAGUGGAAGUUUCCGGUCUACUGGAAAUCUCAUGAUAUAG